UCCGGCGGGUGCCGACUGGCCGCUGGCGUCCGGUGUGCUGGCGGCCGCAUGGAUCCUGACGGCCGGUGGCGGAACCUGCCCAGCGGGCCUAGCCUGAAGCACUUGACCGACCCCUCUUACGGGAUCCCGCGGGAGCAGCAAAAGGCAGCGUUGCAGGAGCUGACGCGGGCGCAUGUGGACUCCUUCAACUACGCUGUGCGCGAGGGGCUCAGCCACGCGGUGCAGGCCAUACCUCCCUUUGAAUUUACUUUCAAAGAUGAGCGCAUCUCUCUUACUAUUGUGGAUGCUGUUAUCAGUCCACCCACAGUUCCCAAAGGGACCAUCUGUAAAGAGCUCAACGUUUAUCCAGCAGAAUGUCGAGGCCGAAGGAGUACCUACCGUGGGAAGUUGACAGCGGAUAUCAGUUGGGCAGUGAAUGGAAUCUCAAAAGGAAUCGUUAAGCAGUUCCUUGGCUAUGUUCCUAUCAUGGUGAAGUCCAAGCUUUGCAACUUACACAACCUUCCUCCACAAGCCCUCAUUGAGCACCAUGAGGAGACAGAGGAAAUGGGAGGCUAUUUUAUAAUCAAUGGCAUUGAAAAAGUCAUCCGAAUGUUGAUUAUGCCUCGGAGAAAUUUCCCUAUUGCAAUGAUAAGACCAAAAUGGAAAAACAGAGGGCCUGGCUAUACACAGUUUGGAGUUUCAAUACACUGUGUGAGGGAAGAACAUUCGGCUGUUAAUAUGAACCUUCACUACUUGGAAAAUGGCACAGUUAUGUUGAACUUUAUUUACCGGAAAGAACUGUUUUUUCUUCCUUUGGGAUUUGCACUUAAGGCACUUGUCAGCUUUUCCGAUUAUCAGAUUUUUCAAGAGCUCAUCAAAGGAAAAGAGGAUGAUUCUUUCUUUAGGAACUCUGUUUCUCAGAUGUUACGGAUUGUAAUGGAAGAGGGUUGUUCCACACAAAAACAGGUCCAUAACUAUCUAGGUGAAUGCUUCAGAGUAAAACUCAAUCUUCCUGACUGGUACCCAAACGAACAAGCAGCAGAGUUCCUGUUUAACCAGUGCAUCUGCAUCCACUUGAAAUCCAAUGUUGAAAAGUUUUAUAUGCUUUGUCUCAUGACUCGGAAGCUCUUUGCUUUAGCCAAAGGAGAGUGCAUGGAGGACAAUCCUGAUAGUUUAGUGAAUCAAGAAGUCCUUACUCCUGGUCAGCUCUUCCUGAUGUUUCUGAAGGAAAAAAUGGAAGCUUGGUUAGUGUCUAUUAAAAUAGUUCUUGAUAAGAAAGCUCAAAAGACCAGUGUAUCCAUGAACACUGAAAAUAUGGUGAAGAUUUUUAAUCUGGGAACAGACCUUACAAGACCAUUUGAGUAUCUUCUUGCUACUGGGAAUCUGCGUUCUAAAACAGGUCUUGGCUUCCUGCAAAAUUCUGGACUUUGUGUUGUGGCUGACAAGCUGAACUUCAUACGCUAUCUCUCCCAUUUCCGCUGUGUGCACAGAGGGGCUGAUUUUGCUAAGAUGAGGACCACCACAGUUCGCAGGCUGCUGCCAGAGUCCUGGGGCUUCCUUUGUCCUGUGCACACCCCAGACGGGGAACCCUGUGGUCUGAUGAACCACUUGACUGCCGUGUGUGAGGUUGUCACACAGUUUGUGUAUACAACAUCUGUUCCAGCUUUGCUCUGCAGCUUGGGGGUCACUCCCAUCGAUGGAGCUCCACAUCGACCAUACAGUGAGUGCUACCCAGUCCUGCUGGAUGGCAUCAUGGUUGGCUGGGUCGAUAAGGAGCUUGCUCCUGGCAUCGCAGAUUGUCUCCGUCAUUUUAAGGUGUUGAGAGAAAAAAGAAUUCCUCCCUGGAUGGAAGUGGUUCUUAUCCCCAUGACAGGAAAACCAAGUCUGUACCCAGGAUUGUUCCUUUUCACCACUCCUUGUAGACUGGUACGGCCUGUACAGAACUUAGAAUUAGGCAAAGAAGAACUAAUUGGAACUAUGGAACAGAUCUUCAUGAACAUUGCCAUCUUUGAGGAUGAGGUUUUUGCUGGAGUUACCACACACCAGGAGCUCUUCCCUCACAGCCUGCUGAGUGUGAUUGCCAACUUCAUUCCCUUCUCCGAUCACAACCAGAGUCCGCGGAACAUGUACCAGUGCCAGAUGGGUAAGCAAACUAUGGGCUUUCCUCUUCUCACUUUUCAAGACCGAUCAGAUAAUAAACUGUAUCGCCUUCAGACUCCACAGAGUCCCUUAGUAAGACCAUACAUGUAUGAUUAUUAUGACAUGGAUAACUACCCAAUUGGGACAAAUGCCACUGUUGCUGUGAUAUCUUACACUGGUUAUGAUAUGGAAGAUGCCAUGAUUGUGAAUAAGGCCUCUUGGGAACGAGGCUUUGCCCAUGGAAGUGUCUACAAGUCUGACUUCAUAGACCUCUCCGAAAAAAUUAAACAAGGAGAUGACAGUCUAGUGUUUGGAGUCAAACUUGGUGACCCACGGAUUUUGCAGAAGUUGGAUGAUGAUGGAUUGCCGUUUAUAGGAGCAAAACUGCAGUAUGGAGAUCCGUAUUAUGGCUAUCUAAACCUCAACACGGGGGAAAGCUUUGUGAUGUAUUACAAGAGUAAAGAAAAUUGUAUUGUGGAUAACAUCAAAGUGUGCAGUAAUGACACUGGGAGUGGAAAGUUCAAGUGUGUUUGCAUCACGAUGAGAGUCCCUCGGAACCCAACUAUCGGAGAUAAAUUUGCCAGUCGUCAUGGGCAGAAGGGCAUUUUGAGCAGAUUGUGGCCGGCUGAGGACAUGCCUUUUACUGAGAGUGGGAUGGUCCCAGAUAUUCUGUUCAAUCCUCAUGGCUUUCCAUCCCGUAUGACCAUCGGUAUGCUAAUUGAGAGUAUGGCUGGGAAGUCUGCAGCUUUGCAUGGUCUCUGCCAUGAUGCUACACCCUUCAUCUUCUCAGAGGAGAACUCUGCCUUAGAAUACUUUGGUGAGAUGCUAAAGGCUGCUGGCUACAACUUCUAUGGCACCGAAAGGUUGUAUAGUGGCAUCAGUGGGCUAGAACUGGAAGCAGACAUUUUCAUAGGUGUGGUUUAUUAUCAACGCUUACGCCACAUGGUCUCAGACAAAUUUCAGGUUAGAACAACUGGAGCCAGAGACAAAGUCACCAACCAGCCUAUUGGGGGAAGAAAUGUCCAGGGUGGAAUCCGUUUUGGGGAGAUGGAGCGGGAUGCUCUUUUAGCUCAUGGUACAUCUUUCCUCCUUCAUGACCGCCUCUUCAACUGCUCUGAUCGAUCGGUAGCCCACGUGUGCGUGAAGUGUGGCAGUUUACUCUCUCCACUGUUAGAGAAGCCGCCCCCUUCUUGGUCUGCCAUGCGCAACAGAAAAUACAACUGUACUUUAUGUAAUCGCAGUGACACUAUUGAUACUGUUUCUGUGCCUUAUGUUUUUCGGUAUUUUGUAGCUGAACUGGCAGCUAUGAACAUCAAAGUGAAGUUGGAUGUCAUUUAACUUGAGCUGGCCUUUUGGGUUAGGAGCUGUAUCAGAUUAACACAAAAUUUAACUUUAGUUCAGUGAAGAUACUUACUAGGUUACUCUUGGGUUUUUUAAGGGUGUUAGAACUCUCAACCAAGACCUGGCAACUAUGAAUUCAAAAUUUCUGAAUCUCUCUGGUACAACUACUGAAGUUGAUUUUUGGUAUACUUGUUCAAAAAAAAUUCCACAUAUAACUUCUUAAAAAGUGAUACCUUGAUAAAUAAAAGGGUGUACAAGGAAAAGUUUCCUUUCCAAUCCCAGGUUCCCUAUACCAUGCUUCCAACACGCAGUGAGUGUCACACAUCUGUUAGUGCAUCUAGAGCAGAGCAGUACAUUACAAAUAUAAUGCCAAUCAUAUAGGUAAUUUUAUAUUUUCUUAUAGCUUCAUUUGAAUAAAAACAGGUUUUUUUAACAGCUUUAUUGAAGUGUAGUUAUACAACACCACAUAUGUAUGCAGUUUGGCUUUGAACAUAUGCACACACUUGUCAAAGUCAAGGUAAUAAACAUAUCCAUCAUCUUCAAAAGUU